AUGGCUCCCAAAUCCGAUAGCACCGAAGCUAUCGUGCUCAACUUCGUGAAUGAGCAAAAUAAACCAUUGAAUUCUCAAAAUGUGGCUGACUCGUUGCAAAAGUUCAACCUGAAAAAGGCAGCCGUACAGAAAGCACUGGAUAAUCUUGCGGAUAAUGGGAAAAUUUCGUUUAAGGAGUAUGGUAAGCAGAAGAUAUAUAUUGCUCAGCAAGACCAGUUUGACAUUCCGAACAGCGAAGAGCUUAAUCAAAUGAAGGAAGAAAAUGCUAAACUGCAGCAACAGCUGGAUGAGCAGAAGAGAGGAAUUAGUGAGGUCGAGGGAGAAAUUAGAACCUUGAAGUUGAAUCUGACACUGGACGAGAUACGUGAUAGAGAAGCCAAGCUGAGGAAGGAGGUAAAAGAAAUGGAUGACAAAUUGGUAAAACUGCGCAAUGGAGUUACCUUGAUCAGGCCAGAAGAGCGGAAGGCAAUUGAGGAAAUGUAUUCAGAGAAAUUAAGUCAGUGGAGAAAGCGGAAAAGGAUGUUCAAGGAUGUGUGGGAUGCUAUAACUGAGAACUCACCCAAGGAUCUAAAAGAAUUCAAGGAGGAACUUGGCCUUGAAUAUGAUGAAGAUGUUGGUGUGAGCUUGCAGUCAUUCAGUGACCUGCUGCAACCUGGCAAGAAGCGAGCCAGAGGCCAGUAA